AUGCCAGGCCUCAACAACAGUUUUCAGCGCGCCCUGCACCCUUGCGACAAAUCCCACGCCGUCCUGCUUAACAUGCUGCUCCACUUCGGCGGCAACUGUCUCAGCGCGGCUAUCAUGACAAGCAUCUUCACUUAUCAACUGCAGAAUACAUUGAGUAAGUUGCACCUGGAAGAGGAUGUGCACAUCACGGAGGCGAUUGCGUGCCCGGCCCUGCCGGGGUUGCAGAAGGGGAAUGAUGAGGAGACGUCCAGGAAAGAGUCGGGGGUUAUAGAGCCGAGCACGAGUAUGGAGGCUAAUUCGAUGGAGCUGCAGAAUCAGGAUGAGUGCCACGCGUGA